AUGCACUAUGAGCACGCGGCCAGGGUAAAGCGCAUCGAACCUCCCCUCUCAGCUGAGGAAGCAAGGAGGUUUGAUGAGGCAGAUAACCUGUUCAGGGGGGAUCUUCUCAGUGUACUUGCAGAGAGCAUGCUGCAGGUGUACAUGGACAUGCCUACGGGCAAGGACAUGUGGGAUGCACUUGAGGCCAAGUUCGGGGUUGCCGAUGCUGGCACUGAGCUGUAUAAGAUGGAGCAGCUCUAUGACUACAAGAUGGUCGAUGACCGAUCUGUAGUAGAGCAGGCCCAUGAGAUACAAAUGCUGGCAAAGGAACUCUCGAACAUGGAGUGUGUGCUGUCAGACAAGUUUGUGGCCGGCGGUAUCAUCGCUAAGCUACCACCUACUUGGUCUGGCUUUGCCACUUCUCUGAAGCACAGGAGGCAGGAGUUCAGUGUGACUGACCUCAUUGCCACUCAUGGUGUGGAAGAGAAUGCGAGGGCAAAAGACACUCGUGGCAAGAGAGUGCAUGAUGAGGGAGGUUCCAGAGCCAACUUGGUGCAAAGGAAGAACCCUCAUGCAGCUCACAAGAAGAAGAAAACAAAGAACUUCAUCAAGCCCAAAGCUACAACCUUUAAGAAGAAAAGCAAAGAAAAGGGUGGCUGUUUUGUCUGCGGGUCCAAUGAGCACUGGGCAAAGGACUGCCCGCAAGGACAAGCCAAAGAAAUCAGCAAACAUGGUCAUUAG